CGGAUUUUAUUUUGACUUUUUAACAAAACAUCCCAUAAGCAGUCUCGUCUCGACUUCCCACAAGAUGGCUGCUAAAGCUCCCUCGGAUGAGCUGAACAAGCUCAGUAUUGGCGAGGGUGGUGCUGCUAACGGAAAGACCGCGAAGGCAGCUAACGGUGCUAAGGACGGCGAACUGGCAGAACAAUCUGGAGAAGAUUCUGACGACGAUGCUGAUGACCAAAAUGUCGGGGCUGCCCCAGAAGCAGCAAAGAAAAAGAAGAACAAGAAGAAGAAACCUAAGAAGAAGAAGAAGGCACCCACUGCCCAAACAGACCCACCAAGUGUCCUGAUGUCCCAGCUGUUCCCCAACAAUACCUACCCCAAGGGCGAAGAGGUCGAGUACAAGGAUGAGAACCGUUACCGUACCACGAGCGAAGAAAAGAGACACUUAGACAACUUGAAUACCGAGUUCCUGACAGACUACCGCCACGCUGCCGAAACCCAUCGUCAAGUCCGUCAGUGGGCACAGAAGAACAUCAAACCUGGCCAGAGUUUGACCGAGAUUGCCGAAGGCAUCGAAGAUAGUAUUAGGCGACUAGUUGGUCACGAUGGGUUGGCAGAAGGCGACGCGAAGAUUGCUGGAGUGGGGUUUCCCACUGGUUUGAACUUGGAUCAUAUCGCUGCCCAUUUCACACCCAAUGCCGGUAAUAAGACAAUUCUGGCACAGAGUAAUGUCAUGAAAGUUGAUAUUGGUGUUCACGUCAACGGCAAGAUCGUGGAUAGCGCUUUCACCAUGGCAUUUGACCCUAUGUAUGACAACCUGUUGGCAGCUGUGAAAGAUGCCACGAAUACAGGAGUCAGGGAGGCUGGUAUCGACGUUCGUCUAGGUGAGCUUGGUGGACUCAUCCAAGAGACGAUGGAGAGCUACGAGUGCGAGAUCAACGGCACCACAUACCCCAUUAAGUCGAUUCGCAACCUUACUGGCCAUACCAUUUUACCGUAUAGUAUUCAUGGAACCAAGAGCGUUCCUAUUGUGAAGUCGACAGACAACACGAAGAUGGAAGAAGGCGAUGUUUUCGCUAUUGAGACUUUCGGAAGUACCGGAAAUGGGUAUGUUCACGAUGAAGGAGAAGUCUCCCACUAUGCUUUGCGCAGUGAUGCUCCGAAACCAGAUCUGCGAUUGUCCUCUGCCAAGUCGCUUCUUAAUGUCAUCAAGAAGAACUUUGGCACUCUCCCGUUCGCACGCAGAUACAUAGACAGACUUGGACAGGAGAAAUACCUACUGGGUUUGAAAAAUCUUGUGCAGAAUGACAUUGUAGAGGAAUAUCCACCUCUACUAGAUAAGAAGGGUUCAUACACCGCCCAAUUCGAACACACCAUUCUGCUCCGACCUACUGUGAAAGAGGUCAUCAGCCGUGGUGAUGACUAUUGAGUGAAUUAUGAAAGUGACCCAUAGAAAAUAGGAGUUAUGGGGAUAACUAUCCCGCCACAGAACGGAGACAUCUACCAUGGUUUAGAGUUUACUGAGUUUCUUUCUACACUCUGAUUCUAGAUCUAAGGCUCGACUCAGAAUAUGAUCUCCGAAGGAGAACCUGGAAUAAAUGGAUAUCUGAUAUAGGGGUCGACAUCGAAGGCUGGUAUGGUUGAAUGGAAGCUUUCAGCAUUGACCAGGCCGUAUAUCACAGGUCAAAGCUCAACCCCCUGCCCCCCUAUCUUGGGUUGUUGAGAUUCCUCAUCUAAACUUAUUUACGAAAAUCAAUAAACAUGCAUUGCUUUCACUGGCUACAUACCUAGUACGCACCAUGUUGCGGGUCUAGUGGGCAUCUUCCAGUGGGCAUCUGCAUGCAACCAGUAACUUCAUACUGUCAUUGGGUCGUGGCUUCAUUCGAGAAUUCGUAGAUUUGUGAUGUACAUAAGGAAGCGGAUCUGAUUCAGCUUAUUCAGGAGAGGUUAGGUAUGUAAGUUGUGUUCAAGAGUGGUUGAUGUAAGAGGCUCAGGUAGAUCAUCCAGAUCAUUUAAUGACUGGCGCUGCGUUCCGAUUUUAGGAUUACGAGUUGGACGAAUGAGAGAGC